AUGGAGGUGGAUGCUGAAGGUGGAGUGGUGCAGACGGUGGAUGGUUGCUGGCUGGAAGGUGGAAGCUCCGGUUCCUCGGAUCAAGGCUACGAAACUAUAUUUCAUUUUUUAAUUGGUCAGGUGACAGAUGAGAAUUCCCCGGGCGGCGUGUGUGGGUGUGUGGGCGGCUGUGUGGGCGGCUGUGGGGGCGAGAGUAGCGACCUGGACCUGGCUGACGACCUCUCUGACGACACCCACGACUCUACUACUGACGACGACCACGGGGAAGAUGGUGGUAGUGGUGGUAGUGGUGGUGGUAGUGGUGGUAGUGGUGACUACACUUCUACUCACCAUCCCAGGUACCUAUCCUGGAGACGAUCCCAUGGAUCCGGCUGUGAGGGCGGGGAUAGUGAAGGAGGACUGGUAGUUGAACCUGGCUCAGGUGAAGAGUCUGGGGCCCCACAACGUACCAUCAGGAAGGUGUUUACCAACACAAGAGAAAGAUGGAGGCAGCAGAAUGUCAGUGGGGCAUUUGCCGAGUUGCGACGUCUCGUACCCACACAUCCCCCUGAUAAAAAACUUUCUAAGAACGAAAUCUUGAGGUUGACGAUCAAAUACAUCAAAUUACUCAACUCUGUGUUGGAGUGGCAACAGAAACAUGAUAAUCUGGACUCUGAUAGUUGUAAUAACAACACCAGUAAGACUGGCAAUGCUAAUUCCCGUAGCAGCCAGCUACGACCCAUGUCCCCUAACGAUACCUGUCUCACAUUGGAUGCCUCAAUGAGGUACCGGUACCUAACUCUGGCUUCACCUCCAUCACCUAAUUCUCCUCUACCUAUCUCCUCUACAUCCUCCACUCCUUCUCCAGUAUCUUACUCCACUACCAGUGUACGACCCUCUCCACUACCCACACAAGUACCUACCCUACCCACAUCCUCACCUCCCUCACCUACUCCAGCACCUACUCCCUCUACAGCACCUUCUCCAGCACCUGAGGAAUUAGUACCGUCAUCACCUGAUGACCCAGGACGUAGGUACCAUCCUUAUGUACUAGCACUUAGAGUCCGUCCAGGACUCUCACUCCUUAACCCUCACACUAACUAAAGCUCCAUCUAAAGCUCUACGUAUGAGGAAAUAGAGCUUCUCCUGGUUACUUCCCCCUAUGUCCCUAGGUAAUCUAUGACCGCCCCUGUGGGUUUAGCACUUUCCAAAGAAAUAUAGUAAUUAUCUCUACUUCUGUGUAGAGCUGUAUGAAGUCAUACCAAUGCUCUGUAGAGAGCACAACGUAACUUGAUAAAGCUCUACAUGACUUGAUAAAGCUCUACGUAGAGUGAAACAUGACUUGAUAAAGCUCUACGUAGAGUGAAACAUGACUUGAUAAAGCUCUACGUAGAGUGAAACAUGGCUUGAUAAAGCUCUACACAGAGUGAAACAUGACUUGAUAAAGCUCUACGUAGAGUGAAACAUGGCUUGAUAAAGCUCUACACAGAGUGAAACAUGACUUGAUAAAGCUCUACGUAGAGUGAAACAUGACUUGAUAAAGCUCUACAUAGAGUGAAACAUGACUUGAUAAAGCUCUACGUAGAGUGAAACAUGACUUGAUAAAGCUCUACGUAGAGUGAAACAUGACUUUAUAAAGCUCUACACAGAGUGAAACAUGACUUUAUAAAGCUCUGGA